CCUUUCUGGCGACCCCCGACCGCAUCGCCGCCGUCCACGCCGCGUUCGACGCCGCGUGUGCUCGACGGACCACCGCCCCUGCGGAAGGCCCGGCCAGGGCCGCUGCUGCGGGGCCUGCUCCACAAUUCCGCAGACGAGGUGGCCGAGGUCCUGGGCAGGGACGCGCAGGCGGCCACGGACAUGUACCUCGACGGUGGGUCCGAGCCGCCGCUCUGCGCCGCCGUGAGGCUCGGGUGCGACGAGCGGGUCUUCGAGGUCCUGCUCGGCCAUGGCCUGGACGUCAAUGCCACGGACGCGCGCGGGCGCUCCCCGCUUGCCCUCCUCGGCGCCGAGUCCGCCCCGCAGCUGCCUCGCCCGUGCCGCCCGGCUGGCGCAGGGGCGGCGGCCCAGCGGCUGGAGGGGCGCCGGGUGCGCAUCGCUGCGGCACUCCUCCGGGCAGGUGCCGAGGCAGAGGUCCCGCUCUGA